GCAGCUAAUCAGCGAGUAGUGUGGGCGGAGUUAGCGGGCAGCGGCUAGUAGGGUACUCUGUCGACUACAGAGCAUUCUGUGUUGUGCCUGCUGCUGCUGCCGGUGAAGUCAUGUCGCAGCAGAGGGUGCUACCACAGAGCAAGGAGUCGCUGCUACAGUCCUACAACAAGAGGCUAAAAGAUGACAUCAAAUCCAUCAUGGACAACUUCACCGAGAUCAUCAAAACUGCCAGGAUUGAAGAAGAGCACCAAGUCACCCGUUCAACUCAAGGAGAACAAGACAACUACGAAAUGCACGUCCGGUCGGCUAAUAUAGUCCGAGCCGGGGAAUCCCUCAUGAGACUGGUGUCAGAUCUGAAACAGUACCUUAUCCUGAACGACUUUCCCUCAGUGAAUGAGGCCAUUAACCAGCGGAGUCAGCAACUGCACGCCUUACAGGAUGAGUGCGACAAAAAGCUGAUUUCCCUGCGGGACGAGAUCGCUAUAGACCUUUAUGAGCUCGAAGAGGAAUAUUACUCCUCCAGCUACAGUGUGUGUGAGCCAAGCAAUCUGCCGCUGUGCGACGCGUACUCGAUGAGAGACAGUCUGGACUCCUCACCUCAGGAUCUCUCCACUCCGCUGGUGUCUGUAACGUCGGAGGCAAGUUCCACCGCCGGCCCGAUCCACACCUCUCCCCACCUGAACGGGCACGGUGCUGGCAUGUUGGAGCACAGCUGAGGGAACUGGGUGCCCACCCCGCUUCACCGUGUAGACCACGCUGGCUGGCACAAGAAUAUCUCCACUGGAGGGAUACCAAUCAUUUCACAUGUAGGCUGGUAGAACAUAGACGGCAGGUAAAGCUGGAUAAAUGCGGGCACCAGUUUCGCAGUGGGGCGCAUUUGGUAACAUAGUGCCAUGAACGCAGAUGUGCACCAACGGUCCGUCUUCUAGUGGAACUGAAAGCCGCUAUUUGGUUACGGGCCAAUCCUGUACAUGGCACCAUCUUAUUAAAUAAGCCCUACUGUCUUAUUGGCAUAUAUUUGCUGGAUAAAUACAGGCACCAGUUUCGCAGUGGGGCACAUUUGGUAACAUAGUGCUAUGAGCGCAGAUGUGCACCAACGGUCCGUCUUCUAGUGGAACUGAAAGCCGCUAUUUGGUUACGGGCCAAUCCUGUACAUGGCACCAUCUUAUUAAAUAAGCCCUACUGUCUUAUUGGCAUAUGAAGAGAAUGGACUUUCUCCCAUUAGGCGCUCUUAGCCGUCAAUACGUGGAAGAUUUGCUAGCGGCAGACCACUGAAUAUAUUUUGGUACAGUAUUAGCCUAGUUAUGGAAGAAUUCUGAGGAUGAUUCCCAUGUGUUGCUGGUUGCAUGACCGCUGGAGAUGACCAAAGAUCUUCCGUCACAUUUUAGGUAGCAGUGUCCGUAGCUUAUAACCCCCCCCCCCCAGAAUGAGCUGGCUUUGGACUAGAUCACAUGAAGUCCUGAACACUAUGUUUUCGGGUCCCCUGGGUCAGUGGGAACAUUCAAUUUUGUAUUGCUGGAAUAUUGGGUAGGUUAAUAGUUUCUGGCACUGGGUGAGAUUUAAUUUGCAUUUGUCAUGUAGAUGUGUUUGUGUAUAUACUGCAGAUGAGGAAAUAAAGACUGUUUUUGUAA